UUUUCAAUCAUGGCCGUCGUUCGACGAUUUGAAAACGUCUAAAGUUUGGAGAAAUUCUGUGUUUUUCGUCUUAGUUUUGGUUAUAGCAAGGGAAAGAUCACAGAUUCAACAUGGCUGAUGCCACAGCGAGGUCGCUACAGUAUGAAUACAAAGCGGUGAGUGAAUAUUUAGCUCGAAAUUCUUCAUUGUUUAAGAUCGCACGUGUGCAGUGUUUUACUGUCUAGUCCCAAUAGUCAUGUAUACUCGAUAGUUUGCUUGGUACUUUACAUGGUCUGUAGUUCAGCGUAUUAUAGCAUGUUUUUGAUAGCUACCAUUAGUUGGCUACCAAAAGCCGGCUAUACGAAGGCUGGGUAGAGCGCGUAGCGCCAGGUCUUGUCUAGAAAAUUAUGUAUUUCUCUUCUGUGAGGGCCUGUUUACCCGGUAAGCGGGAUGAAUUUCUCUUAUGUUUAUAUGAGAAAAUUUCAUCCCACUUGCUGGGACAAUUUUUUUGUUUUGACAGUUGUUAAAAAAUAGCUUGCAGGCAGUAUCUUUGAACUUUCAUCCGGGCAAGUGAGAUACUAUCCCGGUAAGUGAGAUCGCGCCUCGUUCAAGUGAGAUCUCUGCAACCGGGCCAGCCCGCUUGUCCAUACAAACUCUAUCCAUCAGAUAGUGAUUUCUUCAACCAUUGUAAAAAUACCUGAAAAGCUGUAAAACCUCACAUAUGAUCCCCAUAAAUAUUGUAGUAUAAAAAACCUUUAACUUAUGAAAUACUAAAUUGUAAACUGAGUAAUACAAAUCAAUGACUGAAAAAUUCUUUAUCCGAUGGAUUGCGCUUAUACAACCCUGGUCCUAGACUGCCCAUCUGACACUCUGUCCCCCAAAUAUGCUACUCUGUCCCCCAAAUAUACUCAUUUCUGCUGAUGAAGUGAGUUACAAAUAGCGAGCUUAAGCAAGCGACGUUUUUGACAACACGAACGUCAUGAGUAACAUUAAAAGACUGGAUCAAGAAUGUUGAUUGGUUGAUAACAUCAAAUUUGCUUCCGGUCAAUGUUCGUGUUGUCAAAAACGUCGCUUGCUUAAGCUCGCUAAUGUUGCAUACAGUAAAACCCCGCAUAUACGGUAAGAACCUAGACUUUCCAAGUUAGCCUAAACAGGUUCUUAUGUAAAUGGUCUUACCAGGAAAUUAGGCUAAACAGGUUCUUAAGAGGUUCUUAUUUUCUUAAGAGAAAGGUGACUAAUUGUAGAGAAGUAUGGUUUAUGAUUUAUAUAAAUUAUGCACAAGUUAUCUAAAAAUGACAGUAUAUGUAAUAUACCAAGUCUAUAAGCACUUAAUUAAAGCUACACUGAUUGUAACUUAUGAUUUAAUUUGGACUCUAUUUGAUAAUAUAAGAAUAGCCUGAAUAGGUUCUUAUUUAAACAGAUUCUUAAAUUCUAGGUUCUUAUAUGCGGGGUUUUACUGUACUACACCACCUUAAGGCCAAGCUACAUAAUUAUCCAGAUUUGUUUGUAUUAUCUGCAAACAUUUUGUUGCUUUUUUGACUGUCCACACAUACCGUAAACCUCCGACUAUAAGCCCUGGGCUUAUAUACUUUCGUAAGCGAUUUUUGAUGGGCUUAUACAGUACAGGGGGGGGGGCUUAUAUACGGUUGGCUUAUACAUGGACGAUCUUUUGUGUUAGUAAUAAACAAAUCAGACAUAAACAAGUCAGUCAUAAACAUGUAUUAAGCAUCGAUUACUGGGCUUAUAUUAAUUGGGGGACUUAUAUGCGGGGGGCUUAUAUUGGGUGGACUUAUAUUGGGGGGGGGGCUUAUAUUUGGAAUGAGGUGAGUGUUAGUACAUGUGGUGGGCUUAUACACGGGGAGGCUUAUAUUCGGGGGGAGGGCUUAUAGUCGGAGGUUUACGUCUGUGAAUAACGAUUCAAAUAUGCUACUAGAAAAUACAUGCAUGCAGAAACCCUCGUCUUGCUGACAAAACCAUUUUAUUUUCCGAACGUGAAUUAUUUUAAGUAGUUGUCAUGGUAACACGAUAAUUUUUUAAGAAUAUUUUUACAAAUGAAAAAUCCCUAUAAAUAUCACUUUUAAUUACAAAAUUAUCAAUUCCCUAAACAUAUAUAUGUUAGGUAUGUUAUUAUACGUAAUAUAAGCUUGAAUUUAAGGUAAAAUUCAACCACAAACGCGCUUCGCAAAACGUUUUAAAAUGUUCUUUUACUAUAGAACUAAACUGCUUUUAUAUCGAUAAACUUUGAGUUCGAAAUAAAAUGAUUCCAAAUUCUCCCAUGCAAAUAACUUUGCUUAGUAUAAUAAAAAGUGUAAUCAAUAAAGAAACACUGAAAUAAUACGCUGUCUUGUUUCAUAUUUAUACACAACGAUCGGCUUUUAAAGUAAUUACAGUAGGUUUGUUAUUAUACGUAAUAUAAGCUUCAAUUUAAGGUAAAAUUUAACCACAAACGCUUCGCAAAACGUUUGAAAGUGUUCUUUUAAUAUAGAACUAAACUGCCUUUAUCGAUAAACUUUGAGUUCGAAAUAAAAUGAUUCCAAAUUCUCCCAUGUAAAUAACUUUGCUUAGUAUAAUAAAAAGUGUAAUCAAUAAAGAAGCACUGAAAUAAUACGCUGUCUUGUUUCAUAUUUUAUAUACGCAACGAUCGGCUUUUAAAGUAAUUACAGCCGAGAUUACAGUACAUUAAAAGCAAACAAUGCAUCAAUAUUUAAAACAAACUUACCUUUGUUAACGUCGGCAACUUUAUUUCCUUCUUUUAGCAAUCCUUUUGCCUUUUUUUCAUCAAAAAUCCUUUGCAAUUUACAAAAUCUUGCAAAAAUGAAAUAUAUUUGCAAGAAAUCAUCAAAUCAAUUUCGCUGUCGUCAAUCGUCAUGCAGCCGUUAUAAUGCCAAUUUUAAAUUGGACCAAUCAGUGUUGGCUAUUCAUUACAGUCCGCUAUGUUAUGAGAUCAGUGAGGAUGACCACCCACCGAAACACGCACAGUGACCCACGCCCGCGUUAUUUGAUGAACUUUAGACUUCGCUAAUGCUUCCCUUCCCCGGGUGUAAAUAGCCGGGGGGAAUUAGUACCCUCGCACGGCGCUUCGCGCCGUCGGCUCGGGGACAAUUACUUAUGCCAUUAAAUGUAAUGAUCCCAUGAUGUAACUGCUAGUGUUAUUUUUAUUGUGAGCUUUUCUUGUUAAGUUGUGAGCAAUUUUGGUGGAGUGACACUGUCACAAGCAAAACCUGGCAAUUUGCUACAGUAGUUGCACUUCCUCAAAAGUCGAAGCCUUGGUGUGAGCAUAUACAGUAUAGUAAUGCCCACACACUUGCUACUUGAAUUUGCAAUUGCCGUCAUACACACGUUUUCUAAACUUUACCAGACAAUAAUUGCUGAAAAAGAGAUUAAAUUGUCUAGUUAAAACUGUCGAUAUUGAUCAGUGCAUAUUUUUAUUUGUGUAGAAUUCCAAUCUUGUGUUGCAAGCAGAUCGCUCGUUAAUUGAGCGUCGAGGUCGUGAUGAAGCGACAGGUGAGGUAGUGAGUUUGGUUGGUAAAUUGACUGGUACAAAGAUGGGAGAUCGUUAUCAAAGAAAUAAACCAGAAGUAUCUGAGGAAAGAAAAUCUAAGUAUGAAUAUUAAUAGUAUUUAUGUAAUAACAUAGUAUUUAGAUAAUCUAGGGGAGGGUUGGAAAUUACUUGGAAACCAUAUUAAUCUGAUAUACUAGAGUGAGGCUGUUCAGGGUAAAAAUCGAAAACCAUGUGAAAACCCCCAAUUAUAGUGCAAUUAGAUCAAACCUCAUGUACAUGUUCAAGAAUUUAGUUUUAAAAACAUUGUUUAGAACUAUUUAAAAAAAUUGUAUUAAUGGUAUAACAAGCUUUUGUUGGUAGGGAUCGAUGCAACUAACACCUGAAAAAUACAAAGCUUCCUCCCUUCGUCAGGAAGUUAUAUAUUUCAAUGCUUCACAAUUUUGCACAAAGAUGUGGAAUUUCUGCCAUUUUGUUUCAAUAUUACUGAGUUUCAAACAGUUGUUUUCUGAACUUUUUCCAGUUUUUCUUUUUUUACCAAUAACAACAUCAGUUGAAAUGGUUUUUAAAAAAUAGAUUUUUUCUCUUUCUUUUGACCUGUUUAUCGAUUAACUGCUUCACCCUAGGAAAAACUGUACUUAUUAAUAGUUAAAAUUUUAAAUACCGUUUCAGCAAAAUGUUAUAUUUGUAGUUCAACAUAUCUUGAAACAUACAAGACUGGCACAUAUAAUGAAAAAAUUAAGUGAUCCACAGUAAUCGGUCUAGAUCGCAUUAUUUUCUCAGUCUGAUACAUAUAACUAUCAGUUGGUGACCAUCACCUGCAUGCUAGUGUCUGUGUAACUCACCUGCAUAUAAUGGUAUGUAAUUUAGGAGGAGAAAAGUGCAGGAAAAAGAAGAGUUUUCAAAGAGCAAAGGAUCUACAUUAUUAUCAGAUGAUGCUGAUGAUCUUGCUGGAAUAUUUUACCAUCCGAAGACCAGAGAAACAAAGUCAACAUAUGAAGUUUUAUUGAGCUUUAUUCAAGCUGCGAUUGGUGAUCAACCUCGUGAUAUUCUAGCUGGGGCCGCUGAUGAAGUCUUAAAUACUUUGAAGAAUGAUAAAAUACGGGUGGGUUGAUAUCUUUAAUUCUAUAUAAACCCCUGGUGCAUGAUACCAGAUUUACUCGCAACAUUCAGGAGUAAUGUCAGCCAAAUAAAUUUCCCCCUUUUAAUUUACAAAACCGUGGUGUUUAUUUUGUGUAGGACAAGGAACGGCAUAAAGAUAUUCUUGGUUUGCUUGGCAAUAUGCCAGAUGAACGUUAUGCAUUGCUCGUAAAUCUUGGCAAGAAAAUUACAGAUUAUUAUGUCGACCAUGACAAGAUGGAUGAGGGUAAAUUUUUCCUUUAGUCCUUCUUAUUGGUGUUGCUGUUAUUAACCCUUGAAGUGGCAAUGCACCCAGGUGCGCCCUACGUUAUUAGUUUACUCUAACGCCAGAUUAGUUUACUCUGUCUAACGCCAGACGAUUUUACUUGUCAGGUGGAGAGUGCUCAAUGUGUUAAUGUUGUUGUUUGUGAUGAUGUUGUUGUCUUGAAUUGUUUUUGUUGACAUUGCGGUAUGUAUAAAUAUUUCCAGAUGAAGUCAUUGAUGAAACAUAUGGUGUGGCUGUACAGUUUGAUGAAGAUGAGGAGGUAUGAACGUUAUGCUAAAAAGUAAUGAUGAUAUUAGUAUAUUACAUGUAUAUCCUGGUAACGACUGCAAUUGCACUUGCAUGGAAAUAUUUGACAAUUAUUCACUGAAGUGGAGGUGAAUAGUGCAAGGAUAUUCACUGAAACGUGAAACAUUGAGGUGAAUAUGCUUGUGCUGUUCACUGAUAUUGAGUUGAAUAAUUGUACAAAGCAACUAUGACAAAAAAAAAAUGAAAUAUUACUAAAAUCACUAAACUGGCCACAUCCCGCUAAGAAUUUCAAACGGAGAAAGACGUUUGAUAAAUGGGGAAAGACGUUUGAUAAUUCCAAAUUCAACUUCACGAUUUUGUUAUCAAUUUAUUUUUGCACAUGGGUUUCUAAUUUUAUUAUCCAAUCAGGUGCGUAGUUUUGAAUUAAACGUCAGAAAUUCGUUACUCAACAGUCAAGUUAUUCAAACGUAAACAAGGUCACAAACAUCCAAACGAAGGUCAAUGCAACAGAAUAUAUGAAAUAUUCGUUUUAUGUUCAUUUUAAAGUUCCAUAAUCGUAAUGAACAAUCUAUCUAGUAUCUAUCUUAUAAUAUGAUCUCCCUUUUAGCGAAAAUAUGAUCUCCAUCUUGUAAUGUACUGAGUUGUUUCGAAGUUGACUGGGAAUAAUUAGCACUGUCAAAUCGUGAAGUCAUGUGACCAAAAUAAACAAAUAGAAACAAAAUAGUAACAAAACUUUGUCGCUUUCUUCAUGUUUUGCAAAACUGAAGCUUUGUUUAGUACAAAAAUUUGCUCAUCUGUAAACAAAAUGGAAAGCCAUUUUGUUUUUGUCUGGAGUCUGACUGGAGAUAAAUAGUUCAAGGAUUUCUGGAGCUGAGCAUCCAAUCAAAUUGCUUGAAAAACACUAUCCACCUCCCAAGUAUAUAUGCUAAGUUGUAAUAUUCCUCACAAUAACCAUAAUUGCUCACUAUAGUCUACUGUAGAUGAUAAGAUUUUAGAUUUGUGAUAAAAUAACAACAUGUGAUAAAACAAUAAUGAUUUUAUCAAAUUGUUGUCAGGAAGAAAAAGAUUUUGAUGUUAUCCAAGAUGAGGAGGAAUCUGGAGAUGAGGGUGGAGUUGAAGCUGAAACAAACAUGACCUUACAUGGUUGGGUAGGUUGCUAAAUAAUGGAAAUUAAUUGUUAUCUAUAAAACUGGAGGUUCAUAAUUUCUAAUGUCAGCAAUAAUAUUUGAGUGUAAUUACUGUAUAUACAGCUAUUUCGAUUAAGGUUGUCAUAGUUAAUUGUACCCUCCAAGUGUGAACAGCAAAUUGGGUAUACCUAUUUUUAAUAUUUUUAACUGCUUAGGUAGCUUAUGACAAAAGCACCUUUUUGGUUUGGCAAUUCCCAGGAUUAUACUUGCACACCAUUCUGGGUUUGCAUAUAACACAUAUAGAAAUUUAGCCACAAACAGUUGAAAUUUGUUAGUAAAAAGCACUCCUAUUAUUUCUGUCAAGUUCUCCAUCUAAGUCUGGGUUGUCAGCCUAAGAACUAUGCAUACAACAGUUUGGCUAUACCAAGCAGUAGAUUUAACUACUUAGCAGCAUGCAUUAGCCUACACUAACAGGGCCCCUAAUUUCAUGUUUAGUGUUAUUUUAUUGUUUUCCCUCUAGCUUCAGGCCAUGACAACACUCAAAAGAUUUUAGUACAGGGCCAUAGCGAAGAGGAUAAAAAAGGGGGUGGGGGUGUAGUAUCUCAUUUGCAGACAACAUUUCAGUCGCUAAUAAUAUUUUUUCCAAAAAUUGUUGGUUGCAAAAAAUUUGUCGAACAUGAAGAUUUUUCCGGUCAUAUCAUAAUUUGUUAAAUUUUUCCGUAAUUUUCGUAAAUUUAGCAAAAAUUUUGCCACAAUUACUACUUUUUUAAUUAAUCCGAGCCACUCAAAUAUUUUUGCUGACUAUGAAAACAAUUUGCCAAUAAAUCCGUUAUUUUGCCGGCAAGGCGUUUUCAGGGGCUGUCACCCCACCCCUAUAGCCACAGCCCUGUUUGAGUAAUUGAGUAUGAAUGGGUUAACUAUUUUAUCAAUAGUGUCAUAUUGUAAUGAAUCUGCAUGUUUGUGAAACAUUAAUAUUUUAUUUUCACCUAUAGCAAGGUUCUGGCAACAACCAAGCGUCACAAGACAUCCUACAACCUCGAAGUAUUGAUGCUUUCUGGCUGCAACGAGAACUUGGAAAAUACUACACUGAAGCUGAAGCAUCAAGAAUGAAAUCUGAAGAAGUGUUAGAAAUUUUGAAAAAUGCCAGUGAUGAAAUUGAACUUGAAAAUAAACUGAUGUUAUUACUUGGUCAUGAUAAAUUUGCAUUGAUAAAGUUACUAAGAAAGAAUCGUAUGACAGUUUUGUACUGUACGUUACUGGCGAGCGCGCAGAGUGCCAAAGAGAAAAAAGAUAUUGAGGAGAAAAUGGAAAUUGAUCCAGACUUAGCACCGAUAUUACAUGCUUUGACAGAAAGUGUUGAAGAAGAUUUAAUACAGGUAAAAGUCCUGACUCUAGAGAGUGAUACAAGUUACAGAGUAAAGCCCCUCCCAAAGUAUUCUUCUGGGGAAUGGGAGCAUGGUGUCAGAUGCUGUUGGCAUACCUCCCCUUCCUGCCGAGCCUGCUAUUGUAGGUUGAGAGUGUAUGACUCAGGACUUCCGAUGUUAAUUAAACACAGUACAUACGAGGAGUAUGUUUUUCAAUGUCUGAUCAAAUAUCAUGAUUUUAUAAAAAAUUCGAGCUAAAUAAAGAACUGACUUUUUUAUACAUUUAAUCCAUUUCUUUAUUUAUAAAACAUCUUUUAACACGGUAACUAAUCAACCAUAAUACGCUAAAAUACAAAAUCAGGUUGCUUUCAUCAGGCCGUGCAUGUAGCAAUAAGAUUAAGAAAUUUUAUAGGAUCCCCGCCCCACUAGCAAAUUCUUCGCCCAAAUCUCAUUUUCCCCCUCGCACUUCAAAUGAUAUAAAAAUGUUUUACUUAUUUCUUUGAUUCCAUACUUUGGCAUAUCCGAAAGUCCUUUUCAUUGAAUUGGUUUUGGGCUUGGAGAACAUCAGUGUGUUAUUAUCCAUGAAAUAAGAAAACCUGGGCAAUUUCUAAAAUCUCGUGGUUUUUCACAAAAUCUCACGAUUUCUGCCACUCUGGAGUUGGCAAGUCUGAACUUUGUUUCUCCCCAUGCGCACCUGCCAAACUAUGUACAACAGGCAAACAUGAAUACGAACGGUCUCUACCAGUAUACAGUAGGUAGUGACGAUAACAAGACAGUUACAUGAAAACGAGGCCAUUUAGGCAGGAGUCCAAUAAACAUCAAGGUCUAUAUUAACCUCCCACAUACAAAAAAAAGAUGAUUAGUGCUUUCUACCUUAACCUCCUGUGCGUCAGAGUUAUAAAUAUUAAGUACACUGUAAAUAUAAUAUACUGUACAUGCGUUGUACCGGUAUUUUAGGAAGAACGAAGUCGUAAAAAAGCUGCAAGAAAUGCUCGUGUAGCUGCCAAUCUAGCUGAAAUUGAAUCUGUAAGUAUUAAUGUAUUAUUCGUCUUAUAUAUAUUGCUUUCAACAAAGAAAAGAUUGUCUGAUCAUUUGUCUGUGUAUUAAUACAGCAAACAGACUGUAUAUAGUAGUUCUUCUACUCGGAUAAGUAUUUAUCAAGUGAAAGUUUUUCAAAGAUAAAGAAAAAAAUUUUGGCCUUUUUUUCGAGGUUUGCAGUUUUUCUUUGUAUUGUUUUAACAGUCGCGUAUCGGAGUACGAAAUGUUCUGGACCUGGAUGAUUUAACUUUCAAAGACGGCAGUCAUGUUAUGGCCAACAAAAAAUGUCAGUUGCCAGAUGGUUCAUUUCGAAAACAAAGAAAAGGUUACGAAGAAGUUCAUGUUCCUGCUUUGAAAUCAAAAUCCUUUGAUGAGGGAGAGGUGAGUGCAUGUUUGAUCAAAUAUUUUAGUCAGCAUUGCAGGACAGCAGAUAUUUGAAUUACAUCCUCCUUGACGGGCAAUUUUUCCUUGUAAUCAUCCUUGACAUGUUUUAUUUGUUCAUGUGUACGGCAAAAUAUUGACAAUAUAUCUGGAGCAAGAAACUUCAGUCAUUCAGUCUGAGAGACAAGUGAAACCAACAUGGUGGAAAUAGCUCUGAAUGUCGUGAACAGUUUUAAUACCAUUUUUGCCAGCUAAUUCCAGUUUUCUCUGACGAACCGUAUCGCUAAACAAGUUAUGAGUUCAUAAAACCAUAGUGUUAAAAUGAUCAUUUUGGCACACUCCUUGCCAGCUUCAUUUUUGCCAGCAGCUAACAGCGCAGACAAACACCUGCCUCCUCCGCAGGCCAUCGUUGCGUCAUGGGAAGGUCACGAUCUGGCGAGGGCCUGCGGAAUCUUGUAAAAAAAAAAUGGCGCCGGCGUCAUGUCAGCAAGUAAAUUUCUACAUAAUCUUGAAUAUAAACAGAUAUAAAAAAGCGGUGUGAAACUUUAAACUGGCGACUCUAAGGACGUGGAAGGAAGCAUUUUUUAACGAUAAGGUUUGUUGUCCACACCAACGUUGCAUGAAUAAAACUGCCUUCUUUAACGAAGCAGGUUCAAAACAACAUUUAUUCAUUUUACAAGAUUCCGCAGACCCUCUCGAAAUCGUGACCUUCUCAUGACACAACGAGGGCCUGCGGAGGAGGUAGGACAAACCAUUGGGACAAACACAACAGAAAGGGACUGGAACUAACGUCCAAUACAGUAAACUCUAUAUAAAAACUGGAACGAUAACUCUGGCUCUGUUUUUGAAGCCAAGUUUGUUUUUGAAGUUCCGUCAAUCAUGAUAUAAACACGCGGGUUUGACCCCCAGACACGCGUGUCUGGGGGUCAAGAUUUGACUUCAAGAAAAGAUAAUAGGCAGUUUAUCUGAAGGUAGCGGUCCAGUUAUAUUCAUUUUAAUGAGCCCGUCUUGUAGGUGUGCCCUAGGCCCUCACGCGGAAAUUGACUGAAUCGAAUUCAGUGCGAAAAAUCGACAUCAUUUCAUGUAGAAAUUUCAUAAUUUUUCGGACAACUAUUUUUUAAGUCCGGCUUUACCGUGACCGUAAGAAACUAGAUCAAGUUAUCUGUCAGAAUAACCAAAUUUUAGAAACACUUCGUCAUAAAAAGCAAAGUUAUUUGACGAGUGAAAAACAAGUUAAAAACCCCGUGGAGAAACACCAGCAAACGUUUGUUUUUCUGAACUAUCUAUAAGGGAUUUGAACUAAACACAGAUUAAUAUAACUGCAGUUGCAUCACCUUACCUUUUCAUUUAAUUUUAGCUUUUAGGUAGGAUAUUUACCAUUAAAAUGAGCAUUUAUGGGCAAAAAUUGAAAAACAUCGAUCGGAAAACUUUAGUCAUUUUUCAGCUCCCGCGAAGCCCACGCGAAAAACACGCGUGUUUUAUACCUACAAGAGAUCAUGGAGAUCACUUGGCUUCACCGUUCAAUACUUGGAGUUAUCGUUCCAGUAUUUAUAGAGUUCACUGGUCGAAUUCUCACUCCAGAUAUAUAUAGAGCUCACUGAGAAAACUUUCUCAUCUGUGACCUUCUGUGCAUCUGCUCAUAUUCCCAUUUCCCAAACUUAACCAAUUUCUUCCAGGCACUAGUCCCUAUCUCGACUCUACCACACUAUGCUCAGCCAGCAUUUGAAGGAUAUAAAACUCUGAACCGAAUUCAAAGUCGUCUUCACAACACAGCACUACAUCAGGAUGAAAAUCUUCUACUCUGUGCUCCAACAGGAGCAGGAAAAACGAACGUUGCUUUACUCUGUAUACUGCGAGAGAUCAGUAAACAUAUUAAUCUGGAUGGAACUAUUAAUGCUGAUGAGUUCAAAGUGAUCUAUGUUGCGCCAAUGAAAUCUCUUGUACAAGAAAUGGUUGCAAAUUUUAGCAAGGUACACUUUUUUAUAUGUUUAUUAUAUCGUAAGAGGUAAAGUGGUUUUGUUUAUGUAGCAAAGCUGUCCAUCCGUAAGCCGGAUUUUCAUCACUGUGAAUAGUAUAAUAGAACUGUAAAAAUGUGAAAUAGUUUACAUCUUUCUUGUAUACCUGUCACGGUUUAGGAAGAGGUACUAUUUUUAGACUUUUGUAAUUUUGUAUUCUUUUGCAUUUUAAACUUAACCCUAAUCCUAAAGCUAACCCUUACUCUAACCCUGAUAUUAAUCCUAAUCCUUACCCUAAGUAACUGUUCCUAAAUCGUGACUCGUAUGCUUUCUUGUGUUUUGAGUGCUGUAUACAUAAACCAAUCUUUUCUGGUUGAAGAGCUAUAUCAUCACUCUGUUACAUUGGCCAUCCUGAUAAAUUUAUGACCGUAAUGACUGAAUAGAAACCUGGCUUAAACGAGUUGUAUUUGCUAAGUUAAGGAUUCAAAUUUUUCUUGGGAGGUGGGGGUGUCAAGUCACCCACCACCCCCCCCCCCCCCAUUAGUGUAAAAGGGCUGUCAUGAGGAAUAAUUCUGCAGUGAGGAAAUAAAAAUGUCAUUACUGCCACGCCCUCUCACCACCCCUCAAUUUGCUAAAUAUUACGUAAAUUUCGUCGUGAUCUCCACCGAGUUGCCUGUGGAGGAGACUAAUAUUGAGGUGGUACUUCUUCUUUCCUCUGCAGAGGUUAAGUACGUACGGUAUCAAGGUGGCAGAAUUGACGGGUGAUCAUCAAUUGAACCGAGAACAAAUCAAUGCAACACAAAUCAUAGUUUGCACGCCGGAGAAAUGGGAUAUUAUCACGCGAAAAGCUGGUGAUAGAACGUACACCCAGCUUGUGCGGUUGUUGAUCAUUGAUGAAAUACAUUUACUUCAUGAUGAGCGAGGACCUGUGCUUGAGUCACUGGUAAGUAAAAUCGAAUUCUUUAGGGAGCGAUCGUUAUUUAUGGCGGGGGUGGCACCGAAAAGAAAUAUUUUUGGUAAAAAUUUUGCUGAUCCAACCAUUAAAAAGUAAAAAAAUUUUUACCCAACCUCGCAUAUCAAUUAAAAAGAAAUACUCACCUCUGGCCAAAAACUUUCAAAAGGAUACCAUUCAGGUGUCACUCGUGUCUUUUACCACUUCUGUGACAUGAGUUUGAUAACUGCUUGUGCAAUUUUAGUCUAAAGUACUUUCUUUGGAGACACCAUUUGCCUCCCGACAAAUCGGAAAAUGAUGAAGAUAAGUAGUGACCGGCUGUGAUUUAUUUACAUAUUGUAUUGAGAUAUGACUGUUGACAUGCUUUUUAGUCUUCUAUAUUUGAGUGAGAAUAUUAAAGAAAUGUCAAUACAUUUUUAUAACUCCCAACCUUUUACUCACUCAAAAUUCUGUUUACCAAACCCUGAGCAUAAUUAUAGAAGCAAGUGAAUUAACCGACAUCUCUUAACUACAUCAGUUAUCGUCGCCUUUAUCUUAGAUUAAAAUUGCUAUUGUUAGAAUGAAACUUUCCCGUUGUUUUUGCCAAACUUCUUGGAUUCCAAAGUUCAUGUAGUUUCACCCUCUUAACCGCUUACCGCAGGCAUGAGUCAACAUCCUCGUGUCUGUAUAAUACAAGAGGAAAAGUAAAUAUCUUUGAACAUUCAGGUUUUCCUUUUACACUAUAGAUUUAUCUGUUUGUGCUCAAAGAAACAUUGUAACGUAAUUAUAAAACAAUGAAACAUCUUGAAAAUGGUUCAUGAUUUGGAAAACUCUGAUAGUGGUCAACGUAAUUCUAGAAGCAAGCGAAUUAAAUUACAUUUCUUAACUACAUCAGUUAUUUGAGUGAGAAAAUAAUUCCUUUUAUUAUAUGAUGUAGUCUUGUAAUCGAAGGGAAAAAAAGUAAUUUUGUUGUUCCUGUAAGUAUCAACAUUUUCGAAGUUGAUCACCAUCUACUGCCUCAUGACACUUACUGAAACCCACCAAUACAGCAACCUCGUUCCCAGUACAAUCGCUACAAAGUUGUUAUUGAGGAUCAUCGUAAACUGGGGGCGAAUCUACCGUGGGUGUGCAGGGGGUUAUGCACUCCAUCUAUAGUGGUGUCUAGCACCCCCUAGAGAGGUCCAGCACCCUUUGCUUACCAUACAUUUUUUGCUUUUCGAAUAGCGAUUAGCACAACUUCUACUGUUCUUGAAAUUAAUUCACGAGAGAAUACUCAGAAUGCUUUAGUUAAAAUGUUGAGACAGUAGCCUUGCAGACUGCAGGGUAGCCUGCGAACAGGUGUUUAUUCAGGUGUGCCUAGUAAUAAUAAACGCCUGUUUGCAGGCUAUGCCCACCUGAAUAAACGCCUGUUUGCAGGCUAACUGCAGAGAAGAAUGGGCAAUAAGGCUCGCUCAUGCAUGCACCACCCCAUGGAAAACCUGCACGCCUCCUUGCAGAUGAGGCUAGAUCCACCCCUGAUCAUAAUUAAAUAUUUUCAGGUGGCUAGAACUAUUAGACAGAUUGAAGCAACUCAAGAAUUGGUUCGAUUGGUUGGACUCAGCGCUACUUUACCAAACUAUGAAGAUGUAGCAACUUUCAUGAGAGUGAAUCCCACCAAAGGAUUGUAUUUCUUUGAUAAUAGUUUUCGACCUGUCCCACUUGAACAGCAGUAUAUUGGAGUGACAGAGAAGAAACCUGUUAAACGAUUGCAGGUAGGCAUCUCGUAGGAAUGAUGACGAUGAUGGUAGUGAUGAUGCUAGUUAUGGUAUUGAUGAUGUUAUGGUGAUGAUGGUUAUGAUCGUGAUAGUAAUUGUAGUUAUGGUUGUGAUGGUAGUGAUAUUGAGGGUGAUGGUUGUGAUGACUAGUGGUGAAUGGCGAUGAGGUGACGAUUGGGGGUUGGUGGUGAUGGUGAUUAUUGUAGGGAUCAUGGUUAUGAUGAUGAUAAUAGUAAUAGCAGCGGUAUUGGUGCUGAUGAUGGUUUUGGAAAUAGUGAUGUUAGUAAUUCUGAUGGGGAUGAUGGUGAUUGUGGUAAUAAUGAUGAUGCUGGUUAUGGUAUUGAUGAUGUUAUGGUGAUGAUGGUAGUAAUGGUAGUAAUGGUGAUAGUGGUGAUGGGUAUGAUGAUGAGGGUGAUGUUUGUGAUGAUUGAGGUGGUGAUUAAUAGAUUAUUAUUGUAGCGAUUAUGGUGGUGAUUGUGGCAAUGAUAAUGAUAGCAAUGGUUAUGAUAAUUGAGGUUGUGGUGAUGAUGAUUAUGGUAAGGGUCGUGAUGGUGAUGGUUGUGGUGAUAAACGUUUUAGUUACAACACAAUAAAUAAACUUGGUAUAUCUUUUAGCCGAUGAAUGUAAAAGUUGUACAGUACUUGAAUUCCAUGUUUGCAAAAUAUUUUCAACAGAUCAUGAAUGAUAUCGUCUACGACAAAGUAAUGGAAAAUGCUGGCAGAAAUCAAGUUCUCAUCUUUGUUCACUCGAGAAAGGAAACUGGUAAAACAGCUCGUGCUGUACGAGAUCUGUGUUUAGAUAAAGAUACUCUUGGUUUGUUUUUGAGAGAAGAUUCAGCGAGUACUGAAGUUUUGAGGUACUACAUUGUUCUAUUCGUAACGAUUAGUGUUUGAGAAUUUAUAAAAUAUAUACCUGUGCAUUUAGCCAGAUGGCCGUUCGACCGUCCUUUGGAUGGCCACACCACGGUAUUUUUGGCACGGCCAGUUAUGACACCCUGGCUAAAAGCCUGCCUAUAAAACCACAAUAAUUUAACCACACUUUUAUUUAACGGUGUCAGGGUGCGAGCCAUCAAUCCAAUCAUGUUUCAUGCCAAGACAUGUCAGACACGCGUUACAAACUAAACUACGAGUAUCUUAGGCUUUGAAAGGUCAUGUGGUACCAAGAGUUCCGCGUACCUACGUGGUACGUGGCUGAAAACAGGAAGUACCAGACCGUAAUCGUACCCCCGGUACACGUAAGUACGCGAAUUAUCGCCAUAAACUAUAGCCACAUAUUUCAUAUCUAUAGAACCGAAGCUGAUCAAGUAAAGAAUGCCGAGUUGAAAGAUCUUCUUCCUUACGGCUUUGCUAUACAUCAUGCUGGUAUGACCAGAGUUGACAGAACUUUAGUCGAAGAUUUGUUUGCUGAUAAACAUAUCCAGGUUCUGGUUUCCACGGCAACGCUGGCAUGGGGCGUCAAUCUGCCUGCUCAUACUGUUAUUAUUAAAGGGACACAGGUACGUUUUUGUAUCUGGGCAGGCGUAGAUAUAUUACAAUCGUGUGUUAAGUAAUAUUUCAAAUCCGACUAUGAAGACUGGACUAUAGAUUUCAAGUCCCCGUAAUUUGAUCAAGCCCGAGGCGAAGCCAAGGAUUUGAAAUGACAUCUCGUACGAAUAAAUAAUAAUAAUAGAAAAUUAAUUUUGAUCAAGUCCAAGGACUGAAUUAAUUUUGAUCCAGUCCUAGGAUUGGAUCAAUAUACUUCACCAGAUAUCCAGUACUAUCAUGAAGCCAGGCCUUAAAAUAUCUUUUACAGGGCCGUCUGACAAAAUGUCCGAUGACUCUGAGUUUGAGUCGGACAUAUGUAUGAUGAUGUCCGAUGACCUUCAGUUCAGUUUGGCUCGGAAAUAAUUCUGAAUAACGCAAAUUAAUAUCAGCACAAUGUAUUAAUUCUGAACUAAAUGAAAACAUUUCCGGUUCAUUUUUGUACAAUACUCUAAUUCUCCAUAAUUACAUACGAGCCUCUAGUCCUGGACUAGGGUAUAUUUUGAUUUACGUGCGUGGAGAAAGCGUCGGACAAAGUUACAGUUCGGUCGGACACCAAUUCACUCGGGUCGGACAAACAAUAAAUCUCAGUUUCACUUAGAUCCGACAGAAUGUCCGGUGGUUUCCUCUCUACAUCGGACAAUUUGACGAAUGGGUCGGACAAUGUCCGUGACCGACCGAUAUUUUAAGGCCUGCAUGUGAGCAAAAUGAAGCAAUAUGGUUGCCCAAUUUACUCAUGUAUUAUUAAUGAUUUGAGAUGUUCGUGUGUAUGUUAGCUAGGGCGAGGCGGUUAAUCGAUAAACCGGAAAAACCUAUGUCUUUUUUUAAAACCGAUUCAACUGAUGUUGUUCUAGGCAAAAAAUUCGGAAAAAACUGUUGAAAAAAACUCGGUAAUAUUGAAACAAAAUGGCAAUAAUUCCACAUAUUUGUGCAAAAUUGCGAAGCACUGAAGCUAAGUGGAUCACUAUACCAUGAAUACAAUUGUUUUUAAAACUAAAGUCUUGAACGUGUAAGGUGAAGUUUAAUCUAGUAUAUUUUGACGUAAGUUAUGAAAAUCGGGGUUUUCGGUUUUUACCCUGAACCGCCUCACCCUAAGAACUACAGGUAAUCACAUCAGAACAGUUGCAUUGUUUCAACUUCCCACUGUUGCCAGGGCCGCAGAGAAUAUUGGAGAUCCUAGUGGUUUUCUAUCGUCAAAGAUUCUUGAAGUAAUAUGCUCUUUUAGAGAUUGAUUUCCAUAUUCUUGGAAUUUUUUCAUCGAACGAUUUUGAAAGACUGAAGAAGCGUACUUACUACACUGAUACCUUGGCAACAAGCGAACUAACUACACGACCGCAGAAAAGCCUUAACAACCUCUUUAAUGAAAUCACUUCUGAAUUUAACAAGUGAUUCGAUGGCGCAGUCGUCAGAGAAAGCGCCUUUCAACUCUGAGUUCGUGGGUUCGAUUCUCGCUACGGACUCAUGUGAAAAGAGUCUGUCAACGCUCUGCCGAAAGUCGUGGGUUUUCUCCGGGCGCUCCGGUUUCCUCCCACAGGGAAAAGUUGACAGGGUGGGUCUGGAUAAACACAGUUAAGAAGUAUUAUUAUACAUUUAAUAUGUAUUCUCGUUUCUAAUUGGUCAGAAAGCACCGGCUAAUUUUCAGUAUUCGGCAUUUAUUACGUAUUUUCCGCCGAUGACGUCAUCAGCGUCCAAUAAUUGUUUUUUUGGAUCGAACUUGCAUCCAAAAAAAAAAUUAUUGGACUCUCUGGUGCCCAAACCCUUGCGCGGCCAAAAGCUUGAACCUAAAGCGCGGGGGGAAAAAACAAACAAUGGCCGGCAGCAGAUUUGCUUCGCUGAAUGAAAGUGAACUCUCCAAAUUAUUGGCAGAUAAGGAUAGUGAAAGCACGAAAAAACCCACAAAGGGGUAAAUAGAAGUAGAAAUAUAAUAUUUAGCUGACCUUUGACUUUGUGCAAGGUGUUUGAUAUUCAAAUUGUACUUUUCCUACCUCGUGAACAGGAAUCGUUUUAUACGUUCCUCAUGUCUUUAAAUGUAUAAUAAAACAAUUAUUGGAUUCUGCUUUCGCAUGAUAUCAAGAAUUAUUCAGACCUCGGUCUAUGUUAUCCGCCUCAGCUUUGCUUCGGCAGAUAACAUUGACCUCGGUCUGAAUAAUUCUUGAUAUCAUGCUCAGCCAGCCUCAUCCAAUAAUUGCUUAAUAUAUGAACAACGAGAGCGAGUGUCUCACCGGGAUAUCCAAACACUCGAAAACAAUGUAUGAAAACACGAGCGCUCGUGUUUUCAUACAUUGUUUUCGAGUGUUUGGAUAUCCCGGUGAAACACUCGCUCUCGUUGUUCAUAUAUUACUUCUCAAAUUCAUUAAUAAUUCAUGAGUAAUUAAACCAAUAGCAUGUAAGCAUUCCGUCACAAGAUGCUGUUUGGAUACCGCGGUCAAACACCGUCAGACACAGCACCACAAGAGUUUAGCUGCAUACGUAAUUAAGAUAUUUGAUGAAAGUCACUAGUGUUUUCAUCAAAUAUCUUAAUUACGCAUGCAAAAUUACUUGAAUAGAAUUCCUAAUUACGUUAUGCUUGCUUAAGAAUUCUAUUCAAAUCAGCAAACGAAAACAUUCUGUUACGUCUCGAUUCAUUUGAGAAAGUAAUAUCACAAUUGUUGUAAAGACAAAAUAAUCUAGGCUAAGUACGUGAUUAAAGUAUGUAAUUAGGUAAGCGUGAUACUUGAUGUAAGGCGCAUUUGAUCAUAUCCACAUGUAAAAUUUGUGCUAUACAGGGUGUCUCAAAAAAAAGUGCAAAAAAAUGCUAAUUGUUGUAAUAAUAUUAAUAACAUUGUUGUCUCUGCUUUUAAUAUAAUCGUAGAUCUACAAUCCAGAGAAAGGUCGCUGGGUAGAGCUUGGCGCACUUGAUGUGCUUCAAAUGUUGGGACGUGCAGGACGACCUCAAUAUGAUUCGAAAGGCGAAGGAAUAUUAAUUACCAGCCAUUCUGAACUACAGUAUUAUUUAUCUCUUAUGAACCAACAGGUGAGUGACUUUCCUUAUUGCCAUCCCGAAAAGAUUUCCCAAAAAGUAAGGUUAAGGUUUGGCCAUAGUCUGUUAAGAUAUGAUGGUCUGGAAACCCAAGAUAUGAUAGUCUGGAAAGUGGAAACACGGCAAACUUCAAAACCAUAAAAUAGAAGAGCUUACAUAAACUCAAACAUAACACAAUGACUUCUGUUUCUAGCCCACUAUAUCUUGAUAGACUAUGAUUUGGCGUUUAGGGUUACGGUUAGGAAUAUGGGGUUAAGAUUGGAUUAGGGAUUGGAUUUAAAUUGAGUUUAAAAUGAGGAAAUUUUAUCCAAAAGUGGAAAAAAGCUUCACUAUCAGUAUGUUUCAAAGGAAAUUGUCUUAUGUUCUAUAAUUGUUGUUUUGUCAUUUUCUAGUUGCCAGUUGAAAGUCAUUUUAUAGAGAAGAUAGCGGACAGUUUGAACGCCGAGAUCGUUCUGGGUACUGUACAGAACGCUAAGGAGGCAGUUAACUGGUUAGGUGAGUACAUUUAGGGGUACAAACAUACACAAGUAGGAUAUGGUAUUAUGGUGUAUAGCUUGUAUAGGUAGAGUAUUGUGUUGAUGGUGAUCAUGAUCAUGAUGGUGAUGGUAGCGAUGAUGGUGAUAUUGACAGUGAUGAUGGUACUGGGUGAUAAUAAUUAUGAUUAUGGUAGUGAUGGUAAUAAUUGGUUAUAAUAAUUAUCAUAGUGAUGCCAUGAUGGUGAUGAUGGUGGUGAUUGUGAUGGCGAUGAUGGUAGUAAUGAAAGUUCUCUGUUGUUUAUUUUCACCUCAGGUUAUACGUACUUGUACAUUCGAAUGUUAAGAAAUCCAACAUUGUAUGGUAUUUCACAUGAUGAUUUGGAGAAAGACAGUCUACUAGAACAGGUUAGUAGUUUGUUUACUUUUGUUGUGUUUGUUUGCUUGUAUAUACUCCUUUAGGACAGGUACCAUAUGUUUAUUUACAGUUGUUUGUUUGGUUGUACAUGAUAACAGUGGCGUGUUUAACUUAUCUUCCUAUAGAUGUAACUUCUAAAAUAGUGAUCAAAAUUACUUGCUUUGGAUAAGAUUUUUGUAAGCCUUCUUUUAAAUUAAACCAUGGCUGUACGGCUAUAUGUCAGGGUGUGUGGAUAUAUCUCUGCAAAUAUACAGCAAACGAAAGAAAAGAUCGAUCCAGACUCUUUCAAAUUAGGUGACCAUGACCUUCAUGCAGUACCCGUAAAUAACAAAAACGCGUGCAUGGCAAACUCAAUAACGUGUUUAUAAUAGAUCAAUUCUAUAUGAUAUGGGUGUAAUAUAUGCAACUGUGAGACGGCCAGCUUCUUGUAAAUCUACCUGCACUUGCCCGAACUAGAGAAAACGUCUUCUUCCUGUGUUAAUUUUAACUUGUCCCAGGAAACGCAAUCUUUGCAAAUUUGAAAGUUUGCUGUACAACAGUUUACCUCUAUAUUAUAGCGUCGUGCUGAUCUAAUCCACUCGGCUGCAAGUUUGUUGGAUAAAAAUAAUCUAAUGAGAUACGAUAGAAAGACUGGCAAUUUUCAGGUGUGUAGUUUACAUAUUUAUAAGUAUGUGAGGCGUUGACUGACUCUUCACAUAACUGCAAUGAGUUCGCAGCAUGAAUCAAAGCCAUAAUCUCAGAGACGUCAGGAGCUGGCAUAUGAAUCUUCACCACGACCUGGAUACAAAACUGGAUUAAGUAUAUACUGAUAACCUUUUUGAAGUAUUGUAGUAAAAUUUAUGAUCAUUCUAUUGCUGUUUAGGUGACAGAAUUGGGGAGAAUAGCAAGCCAUUAUUAUUUGACUCAUCACACGAUAUCUGUAUAUAACAGUUUAUUGAAACCAACAUUGAGUGAAAUUGAAUUAUUCCGAGUUUUCUCUCUUUCAUCCGAGUUUAAAUAUAUCACAGUUCGAGAGGUAGGUUCGAUACUUUUCUACUCUAUUCCACAUUUUAAUUUUGGGAGAAAAAUACUGAUUUUUGUGUAUUUUAGGAAGAGAAACUCGAGUUAAACAAACUGUUAGAAAGAGUUCCCAUUCCUGUGAAAGAAAGCAUUGAAGAGCCAAGUGCAAAAGUACGAAUUUUUACUGCAAUUAUAGCAACUGCAUGUUGGAUGAUGUUGCUUUCGCAUUUACACAAAGAUGCAUGUAUCACAUCUUUGCGGCAGCAAAAUAUAUCUUAAGUGCUAUUGUUAAAAUGAAACUUUACUGUUGUUUUUGCCAAACUUGCUAGACUCCAAAGAUCAUGUAGUUUCACCCUCUUAACCGCUUACCACAGGCAUGAGUCAACAUCCUCGUGUUUGUAUAAUACAAGAGGAAAAGUGAAUAUCUUUGAAGAUUCGGAUUUUCCUUUUACACUAGGUUUAUCUGUUUGUGCUCAAAGAAACUGGACCGACGAUAACUUGGAGCUAACAUACAAUAAUCCAAUAAUACAAUACACGCUUGGGAUUUCAGUAUUAAGAUUUAUUCACAAAUAACAACAAUCUGAAACUAAAUAAUAAUGAAAUUAAAUCGGUAUGUUUACAUAUAUUAAAUUAGUACUAAAUCACAAAAAUGAAUUAACUAAGGCUUUCUACUUACAUCUGUCCUAAGCAAGUAUCCUUUUCCUUUUAUCUUAACAUUUAACAAUAAUAAACCUUACUUAAAACUUUAUAAACUUCAUAAAACCAUACGAAAACGUGUUCAAAACAUUUCUACAAGCUCAUCACAUUUUUCCUACGAACCCUUCCGACUAAGGUCCGAGUAAACUCCGACUAACUAAAACAUUAAAAUAGUCUUACAUGAAGUCCUUUCAUCGUCAAUGAAACACUCCCCCCGACAAUGGGAGAACUCCCAUUCACUCCUCUUCGUAGCCUUCUGCUGGAUAAAUUACGCAUAUCUUGUUGAUAGGUCGGCUGUAGGUUCCCGUAGCAGUUUUCACCUUCACAUUCCUGACCAACCCGUCCUCUCCCUGAUAGACUUCCACGAUCUUUCCGGUGUUCCACUUUCCCCUUACUGCGUUUGGCUCGGACACUAUAACAUAAUCGUUCACCGUUACAUUACGACUUUGCGUAUUCCAUUUUCUUCGUGGGGUUAAUAGCGGUAGGACGUCUCUUGACCACUUCUUCCAAAAAGCAUCAAUAAUUCUCUGACAAAACUCGAAUCGGUGGCGAGGAUUUUGUGUUUCUCGGAACGGACCUUGAGGCACAGCGUUCGUAGCUCUGCCCAAUAGUAUAUCGUUUGGACAUAGGUAUCCGCCAUCAUCCGGAUCUGUUGGUACUCUUCCAAUCGGCCGUUGGUUAACCAAAUUCGCAGCUUCCAAAACGCACGUGUAUAGCUCGAAUGGUGUUAAAAGGGCGUCGCCGAUUGCUCUCUUCAUUGCUAGCUUCACACUUUUUACCAUCGCCUCAGAGCAUCCAUUUUGAUGCGGUGCCAAUGGUGUGAUGAAUUGCCAUUUCAUUCCUCUGGCUGCGCAAAAUUCUUCCAAUUGAUCUUUGUUCCAUCCUUCGAUCAUUAACUUCAAUUCGUUGUUUGCUCCUACCAUCUGCGUUCCGUUGUCAGAUAAGAGCACUUUCGGAUAACCACGGAAUGAAAAGAACCUUCUUAAGACUUGCAAGAGCUCCAUCGUGCUGGCAUCAACUGCAAUCUCGCAAUGGAUGGCUCUGGUAUUCAUGCACGUGAAUACUACACCAUAAUGUUUAACUGUUUUGUUUCUGCCUACUUUUACGUUGAUUGGUCCAAAGUAAUCCAUCGUUGAGUAGAGGAACGGUGGGGUGCACGGCUGCAAACGAAAUGGUGGUAGGAUAGCCAUGAGCUGGGUUUCAACUUUCGCUUCGAGCUUUCGACAUGUUGUGCACCGUUGCUUGACGACUUUCGCAAUCCUAUGAGCUUUGAUGACCCAAUACAUUCUACGUAUUUUGGCGACUGUCGUGGCGACACCAGAAUGACUUGUUUCGUGAGCAUCACGGACUAUUAAGGUGGACAGAUAGUGAUCAUAUGGUAAAAGUGCGGGACGUCUUUCAUCGUAGGAAACUAAGGUUGGAUCCACACGACCUCCUACCCUGAGGAUAUUUCUAUCGUCCUUAUAUGGAGACAGGGUCUUGAAAUCGCCUCUAGGUAAUCUCUUUAAGAGAUUUGACUGCAUCUGUUUUAGCCAGUACUCCUCCGCGUUUUCCAAUUCUUGAUUGGUUAAUGGACCAACUUCUGGUUGUUGAUUUCUCUCAUUUCGACCACACUUGAUUCGACAAUUCUGGAUAAAUCUCUGGAUGUAACUCGUGAUCCUUAUUACUCGUUUCCACUUCGAGAACCGUUUACAGUCGAAUAACGGCUUGCUGACAGCGACAGGACAUACGAUCUUGACUUGUCUCCUUUCUUUGUUAACUUCCUUUCUUUCUGGUACGCCAGUUUCCAUCGGCCAUUGCUCCUCGGGUAACUGUAUAAACACCGGACCGUUUAACCAUCUACCAUUCACUUCUUCAGCCGAAAUACCUUUCGUUAAAUCGUCCGCCACGUUCAUUGCAGUGGGACAAUGGAGCCAGUUGGAAGGGUCGGAGUUUGAUUGAAUCUCACUAACUCGGCAAGAAACAAAGGGCUUAUAGGUUCGCGGCUGUCCUUGAAUCCAUGCAAGUGUGACACGACUGUCCGAGAAGAAGAUUGUUCGUGCAAUCCUCAGGCGGGUUUCCUUCAGGAUGGCCUUAGCCAAGCGGCUAGCUAAGACUGCAGCUUGUAAUUCCAGGCGAGGAAUUGUGAGUUCUUUCAAUGGCGCCACCCGAGAUUUCGCAGCAACAAAUCUUACGCCGAAUGCUCCGUCUUCAAGUUGCCAUCUCAUAUAUGCACAAGCACCAAAUGCCAACCGAGAAGCAUCACAGAAUACAAUUAACCAUGGAUUACUAAUUGCAUUCAGGGGUGUUAAGCAUCGCUCGAAUUCAAUCUCAUUUAAGGUAGACAUUUCAUUGAACAACACCGUCCAUUUCUUUCUGACGUCUGGUGGGACAUCGUCAUCCCAACCCAGCCCUCGUAGCCAUAACUCUUGCAUCGCUAUCUUCGCUUUUAUCAGAACAGCGGCACCACCUCCAAUCGGGUCAAAGAUUCCAGAUAUCUUGCUCAAAAUGAUACGCUUUGUUAACUUUCCUGGAACUGUAGAGCGUAGGGAUUCAUCCGAUUCUGAAACAUCAGUGUGUCCCAAUUUAACUUUGAAUGAAAACUUAUCUUGUUGAGGGUUCCAAACUGUUCCAAGAACUUUCUGUGUAUCGUUCAGCGGAUCUUGACCAAGUACGACUUCUCCUUGUUGCUCUUCAUCAUUCAACACUGCGUUUGAUACCCAUCCCUUGACGUGGAAUCCGCCAGCAUCAAGUACUUCAUCAAUAUCUCUUGUCAGUUCUUUGGCGGCUUGUACGGUGUUCUGCGAGUCACAUAUGUCAUCCAUGUAGGUAUUUUUCUUGAUUGAAUUGGCAGCUUCCGGCUUGACAUCCUCUUUCAGCUCAGCAGUUUUACGCAUUGCAACGAUGGCCAUGGUGGGCGAUGGACGGUCCCCAAACGUAAGAACUGUCUUAACGUAGGUAUCAGGCUCGCGCUCUGUCUCGAAACUCCUCCAAAGAAAGCGGUGGACAUGUUGAUCAAUUGGCGGGAUGCCAACCAUAUGAUACAUCUUUGCAAUAUCACCACAAACAGCAACAGCAUUCUCUCGGAAACGCAGUAUUACCCCGAAAAGGUUAUUCAGUAGGUCGGGACCUUUGUACCAAUAAUCGUUUAGACAGUGUCCUUUGAACGACGCUGAACUGUUGAAAACGAUACGCACUGGCGUAGACUUCUUUUCUUCACGAACUACGGCGUGGUGAGCGAUAUAAUGGGCUGGCUUUUUCCAUUCUGCGACUUCCUCUUGUGUUAACUUUCUCGAGAACUUUCUAUCUUCCAUUUCUUUUAUCUGUGUAUCAUAAUCUUUGGCAUGUUUGGGCUGUUUACUCAAGCGACGCUCUGUACUUUCCAGCUUCUUCAGGACUUGCGAAUAGUUGUUUGGCAAUUGGCUAGGGUCUUUCUUCCAAGGAUAGUUCAUUAUCCAUUUCUUGCCAACCAACUCACAGGAUUCUUCUAUCAACUUUAACUCUUGCUGUUCUUUCAAAGACAUCUCAACUUCUUGACAAUUGCAUAACGAGGGAGAAACACCCAUUGAUUCGGUUUUCCAAAAAUCUGUCAAAUCAACUGGAGGGGCAAGACGCACAUGCAAAACGUUAUUGUUUUGGAAAGUCAUUUCCUUUGAGUCAGUCCCAAAGACCACCCAACCAAGUGGACUUUUUCUGACGGCAAGAUUCUUCUUAAUUUUAGUCUCACCAGCAUGGAACUGUGGGUAAUUAAUUCCAAUCAGAAGGUCGACCGGGCCAACUUUGCGCUUCAGCAUACUAGUAGGAAUGUCGAAGAUUUUUGAGACUUCGCUUAUAUUACCAUUGGGACUGUCUUCUGAAAUCUGUGCGAUGCCAACUGCUUGAACUAUUUGGACUCUUUUCCCAUCAGAAUUGUGCACUGGAACUUUAUACAAUUUUGUUGUUAACUCUUCUUCCACUCCUCCAACUUUAGUGAUCACAAUGUUAAUAGGCUUUCCUUCCAAUGCCAAGGAUUCCGCAUAACUUCUGCGAAUCAUAGAGAUCUGGGCACCACUAUCAUAAAAUACAUUAGCUUCUGACAUAACACUGUCCUUUCCUUUAACUAAACCAGUAAUUACAGGGAGUAUAGUAGUACUGUUGUUAUCUCGGGUGGAAUGGACACGAUUACCUGUUCUCUCUUCGAUGUUGUUGCAGUGGAGCAGCUUGUGAUGGUAUUUCUUACAGUUGUCACCAUUCCCAUUUGCUUGACCACACUCUCUCCUUCGAGUACAGUUCACAGCAGUGUGACCUUUACUUCUUUUCAGACAUGAAAAACAUGCUCUUUGCUCCCUUACGACUUUCCAUCUUUCGUUGGGGGUCAUAUCGAUAAACUUUUUGCAUUCAUCUACAUAAUGAUUUUCCUGACAAACAUAACAUUUCGAUUUGACUUCCCCCCCUUUCGAUUCUCUAUAACCAAAUGCAUUUACCCCUGAUCUGGUUCCAGUGUUCUUACGGAUUGUGGCACCAGAACGUAUUCGGGCUGUCAUCUCCUCCUCCAUCCAUUCAAGAAGAUUUUCCAUUGACGGUUCAAACUUACGACUGUUGAUAUGGCGCGACCAUACUCUAAGAUCAUCUUUGGUCAUCUUUCUCUCUAUCAAGGAUAUUACAUGGGUGUUGUCGAUAUCUUGUUUCCUCUUGACUUCUUUCAGAAUAUUGUAUGAUCUUCGCACUAAAUUAACAAGCUCGCAGAAGCGAUAAUCCUCACCAGGCUGGAUUAUCUUAAAUUUCUCUAGAUCUGAUGUGACUGUGUCUGACACCACUCUUGGAUUCCCAUAGUUUUGAUCUAGGUACUUCCAUGCUGUUUUCAAAUCUGAACUUAUCCCUUCGAUCAACUUUGCUGGUUGGGCAUUAAGACACGACCGAAGAAUUGUAAGGGUGUCCCUUUCAGAACAGUGGGCUUCUACAGCAUGCUGGAAAUCUGACUUGAAAAUAAAGUACUGUCUUACAUCUCCAUCAAAUUUGGGCAGUUUUGGCUUCUCGUGUUUCAUGGCAAAGGGGCUUGACAAUUUCACAUUCUUUGUCACACUACUUAGUUCGUCUUCAGCAGGCUCAUGCAUAUCUAAACUUUCCUGGUCAUCAUUUACACUAUUGUUUUCAUCAUUCUCACCGUCCACAUUUGCAUUAUUUCCAUCUUCAUUUAUAGCCUGAUUUACUACAUCAUCAUUUUCCUUUUCAGCAACAUUGGCAUUCAAAUAAUCAUUAUACAUCAUAGAAAACUUCAUGUACUCACUGUUACAAGCUUGCAUCCAUUCCUCAGCUUCGUCAUAUUGGGUGUCAUCUAACACCAUUGUAAAUUCUUCAUGCUUAACUUCCAGACCAUUAUACGCAUUUUUAACAACAUCAAACGCUUCUUUGACUUCGACAACAGGGC